AAAAGACUUGGUCACGUUGUAGGCGUUGUCGUUUUUUAAGGCUCGAAUUCAAUUACUUGUAAAAACAAAGUAGCGAAGAUGUCAGCAAAUUAUGGAACAUGCUUUCUCUGUUCCUCCAAGAAAUUUUAAAAUUCGUAGUCCUCCCGGUAAUGGGGUGGGGUUAAUCGUAAUUUCUCAAAAAGCUGAUAACUACUAUAAAAUGAUGGCUGUUGAAGUCUUCUUCUCUCCCUCAAACAAAACUCAAAGUCAGCUUCAUCAAAAGAAGUUUCCCCACUGGUGAAAGAACGAUUUGUAAGAGAUGGAGAAAGAAAAAGAGCAAACUUUGGAGUGGAUCAAAGCCCAGAAGAUAGAGAUAAGCGUUGACCUCUUUGCUGCAGCCAAGAAGCACCUCCACUUCCUCCGAGCUGUUGACCGGAACCGUUGGCUCUACGAUGGCCCUGCACUCGAAAGAGCUAUCCACAGAUACAAUGCUUACUGGCUCCCCUUGCUUGCUAAAUACACCGAGUCUUCUUCGAUAUGUGAAGGACAAUUAGUCCCUCCUCUUGACUGUGAAUGGGUUUGGCAUUGCCACAGGCUUAAUCCGGUGAGGUACAAGUCUGAUUGUGAGCAAUUCUAUGGGAGAGUCCUUGACAAUUCUGGUAUUGUAUCCUCCGUAAAUGGAAACAACAAAUCACAAACUGAAACUCUAUGGAAAAGAUUGUAUCCUACCGAGCCUUAUGACCUUGAUUUGGAUAAGGCAAUCUCUGAGCCAGAGGAUGUCCCAGUUCUUGAGAAAUGCACCACUUAUGAUCUUGUUUCAGCUGUCAAGAGACAAAGCCCAUUUUACUACCAGGUUUCAAGAGCUCAUGUAGACAAUGAUGUCUUUCUGCAAGAAGCCGUGGCUAGAUACAAAGCAUUUCUCUACUUGAUCAAGAGAAACAGAGAAAGAUCGAUUAAACUUUUCUGUGUUCCUACUUACGAUAUUGAUCUUAUCUGGCAUACACAUCAGCUUCAUGCUCUCUCUUACUACAAGGAUUUGACAAAGAUGAUUGGUAAGGUCUUGGAGCAUGAUGAUACAGAUUCUGACCGUAGCAAAGGUAAGAAGCUUGAUACUGGUUUCUCUGGAACUACUGCUCAAUGGGAAGAAACAUUUGGUCGAAGGUACUGGAAAGCCGGUGCUAUGAAUAGAGGUAAUACCCCAAAGCCAGUCAUAACUUCUCCUUAUGUUUGGUCUGGCAAGAAAUCAACUGCGAAAGAGGAAGAGUUCCAGAAUGUAAUCCAAUAUCAAGAGGUGAAAGUCACUGAGGUUAUCUUGGAGAUUGUUGGGAUUAAGAACUUACCAGACGCUCACAAGGGAAAGGUCUUUGUUGUGUUCAGCAAAACGCAACCCGAUUCUCUGUUUAACGCUGAGCGUAGGCUUACCAUUUUAUCUGAGUCUUGUGGGGAAAAGCAGGUUGCUUUGUUCCAGUGUGAGCCUACAGGAGAGCUAAGUUUCCAACUAAUGUCUUCUAAGUCUAAAAGCUUAGGUUUCACUACUCUUUCGCUUUCAGAGUUUCUGUUUCCAGUUACUAAACUCUCUGUUGAGAAGUGGCUGGAGUUAACACCAACUAAAAGAGGAAAGACAGAUCAUCCGAAUCCCAUCUCUCUGCGAGUCGCUGUCUCGUUUACCCCGCCAACACGAAGCCCAACGGUUCUACAUUUGGUUCAAGCAAGACAGUCACUGAAAGACUCUUGUUUCUUUCCAAUGAUUGGAAAGGUACAUCUUGCUAAGAGUUUUACACACGUUGUUGAUGAAACCGAAACAGAGGUGAUCAGUCUCCAAAUGAGGAAUUCCAACGACGCAGCACCAAAAGCUGAUAAAAGACAAGUGAUUGGUGUGAAAGAGUGUGGUGAGACUUAUGUUUUAGCAGAGUAUGAUGGCACUUUCUGGUCUCUGCUUGACUCAAAGUGGUCACUUAAGCAGACAGGCAAUCCCGGCGUAGAUGGUCCUCUGUUUGAGCUCUCGGGUACUCGAAUGGUUAAAUAUUACUCUGGGAGAAAGCUGGAGUAUGAGCCAAAACAUGGCGCAAAGCUAAGAAGCGAGCAAGAUUUCUUGACUGCUGUUGAAUAUUCAGAGCAACAUCCUUAUGGUAAAGCUGUAGAGUUACUUGAUUUGAAGUUCGGUUCAAUUGAGGCAAACGAGAAGUGGCUGGUUUUGCCUGGAAUUGUAUCUUCUUUCAUACUCAGUGAUCUUCUUAAGAAGGAAGGCUUUAGUGCAGCCGCAAAAGACACGGUGAGAGCUAAUGGAAUGACAGAGGAAAGCAAGGAGAUUGAUGUUUUGAGUCAAGUGAAGCAAGAAGAAGAAACAAUGAUGAAUGUGGACACGACUCGUCCAGUUAUGUUAGCGAUGGAGAAGAUCAAUGGUGGUGCCAGGUGCUUUUCAAAGGAGCUAAGCGGUACUGUUUUUGGUGGGAAAAGCGGGGACAUGGUUGAAGAAGAAGGUGGCCACUGUGGUGGUUGUGGAGGUUGUGGUGGCGGAUGUGGCGGUGGCGGUGGCGGUAGGUGCGGUGGAAGAUGUGGUGGGAUGACGGAGAUGGGAGGUUGCGGUGGAUCCUGCACUGGCGGUUCCACUGGUUGCGGUAAUUGCGGUGGAGGAUGUAGAGCAGGAUCGUGUGGGCAUAUGAUGAAGAAUAAUAAUGCUGAUGAAAAUGAUGAAGCUAUAACCGACGUCGUUGCUACUUAAUAAAUACAUAUGGUCUUGUAUAAUUGAUAUAAUAAUGAAACUAAUGAGAGAUGCUGUUAUAAACGUGCU